AUGGAAAGUGCAAUUUGUAUGGAACGAAUUUGCGAAGACUACAUUCCCACAGAAAGAAAACACACGUACUACCCAUCAGUAAUAACCAAUGAGCGCCUGUACGAGAUUAAGAUUUCAGACCUGCCAGUAAUCCCGUACUUUCCGGUGAACUCCUACUACGAGUGGGCCAACUACCGAUACUAUGGUCUCCGAAGUGCCACGGCAUACAUCCUGGUCUUCGACCUUUCUAAUAUAGACACUUUUCAAUACGUUAGAACACUUAGGGAACAAAUAUGUGAAUCGAGGAAUAUGCAAAAUGUUCCUUUGUUAGUUGUUGGCAAUAAGCAAGAUCUAAUAGUACCUGAGGAGGGUGCAAGUAAUAGUUCAAAACCUGCCAUAACGAAUAGUAGCGAUGAGAAACGUAGGGAUAUAGUAAAUUUAGUAAAGAAGCAUUGGAAAUCCGGGUAUAUUGAAUGUAGCGCCAAAUAUAAUUGGAAAGUUGUAGCUGUUUUUAAAGAAUUGAUCAAUAUGAUCGAUACUUUGAGUAGUAGGGAUCAGAGUCCGAUGUUAGAUAAUAUUCAGGAAGCUUUAGAUAGAAAUAAGUGUAUUGUUAUUUGA